AUGGCAAAUGAUACUAUUAUGGAAAACUGUCUUCGUUGGAAUCUAACUGGGACGGUUUCAUUUGUUGGCACAAUCUGUGGGAACAACAGUGUGAUGGAAGCUAAUUUUGCGGAACGACUUCAGUUAGAUUAUUGGUGGGUCCUUGUACACUGGAGUAUGCUAGAAUUAACACUAGUUUUAGACCCAGCCACCAAAAAAAACCCUAAGUUGCCCGCGCCUCCAUCUUCAUUGUUCAUCGUUCUUCGCAGCCAUGCCUUUCCUCAUGUCUUCAUCGUCCGAGACCGUUCAUCGCCUUCAUCUAACCCUGGUACCCAUGAACGCAACCCUCUUCCCUCUUCUCAUCCACUACUGCCAUCGCAAACCCUAGCUCCGCUGCUUCUUCUCGUCCAUUCUCUUUUUUAUUCGCUUCUUCAUCCUCCACCGCAGGAGGAAGCAGCGCGCCACUACUACCUUCCUCCUCCGCAGCCUGUGCGCCGUCAUUUUCCUUUGGUUUUGGGUCCGCGACCGCAUCUGCUUGGCUCCUGCUCCAGCUCCGUCUUUGUUCGGAUCUGCUUCUUUGGCUUCCACUGCGGCAGCUUCGAGUUCGGGUUCUUCCAUUUUCGGUGCCGCGAGUUCAGGCUCCUCCUUGUUCUCCACACCGUCUUUUGGUGGAACUUCAUCUGCCACGACGCCGUUUGGGGCAAAACCCUCUGCUGCGACGACACCGUUUGGCGGAGCAUCUUCUGCUUCACCCUCGCUAUUUCGUGGAGCAUCCUCUGCUUCACUCUAUCUAACCCUCGUUGGCCCUCCUACUCCCUCAGCGCAGCGUGCGCUCUUUCUCGCAAACCCUCAUUAAAGGGUGACCGUAGCUGAAGAGGUCCUCAAGCUCUGCAAUGGCAGCGUCAUUUCUCCCAUUGCCUGCAUUGCUUGCCCUAACCUA